AUGAACGUCCUCAUUACUCCUUUCUUGCCUCCCCACCUAAACCAUUCCUAUCAUCUCUGUGGCUGUUCAACCACUGUCUCCACCACCAAGCUCACAAACUUUAUGUUCCUCUCUGCCUACUCCUUUGAGAAUAUCUGUAAGAUAAGUUUGUGGGAUAAAAGGCUGUGCCUGAAUACCUGCUUUAUACAAGCUGCCAGAGCCCUGGUAAUACAGUCAUUUGCAGGAAACAGUCCCUACCUCAUGGAACUUUCAGUCCUGUGGGAGAGACUGAUAUCACAUAGUUACACAAAUACAACUGUAUUAUAUGCUACAAAGGAAAAAUCCAGACAGACUUCUGUGAGAAUGUGGAUGGAUCGAUGGGUUGAUCCAGAGGGAUAG